AUGGUGAAUUCAAUGUUCCGAAACCAGAUCGGUAGAAAUAUGGAAGUUUACGUGGAUGAUAUGCUGGUCAAGAGCAACAAAGGCAUUGAUCAUGUGCUGGACCUGAAGGAGGCUUUCGGUGUCCUGCGAAAGAACCAAAUGAGACUAAAUCCCACCAAGUGUGCAUUUGGAGUAACCUCUGGGAAAUUCUUGGGCUUUCUAGUGUCGCAAAGGGGGAUAGAAGCAAACCCCUCAAAAAUUGAGGCCAUUCACGAGAUGCGUGCACCAAGAAACAUUCGUGAAGUGCAGAAACUGACCGGCUGCCUGGCUGCUCUUAACAGGUUCUUGUCCCGAGCUGGCGAUAGGUGCCUCCCAUUCUUCAAGCUGCUAAAAGGAGGAAAAGGCCAACAGCAAUUUCGCUGGACAGAAGAAUGCGAAGCAGCUUUCGAGGAGAUCAAGGCCUGCCUAGCCCGGCCCCCUCUGCUGAGCCGACCUGAGACUGGGGAAGAACUACAACUUUAUCUCGCUACUUCAGCCGUGGCCGUCAGUGCAGUCCUUGUCCGAGAAGAGGCAAAGACCCAGAGGCCCAUCUACUAUGUGAGUCAUGUGCUCCUGGAAGCAGAGACAAGGUACCGGAAGAUUGAGAAGCUUGCACUGGCACUGGUCGUGACAGCCAGAAAGCUGAGGCCCUACUUCCAAGCACACGCCAUUGCUGUACUAACUGAUCAACCGCUGAGAAAGUCACUUCACAGCCCCAGCGUAGCGGGACGUAUGGUAAGUUGGGCUGUCGAGUUGAGUGAGCACAAUAUUGAAUUCAGACCAAGAAGCGCGAUCAAGGGCCAGGCGCUGGCUGACUUCUUGGUAGAAUGUACCCAAGCCGAAGAAGCGGGAGAACCUGAGCCCGAGCCGAACAGAAAAUGGGUGCUAUUUGUUGAUGGAUCCAGCACCACAGCACGGAGCGGCGCUGGGCUUGUGCUGAAAAGCCCUGAUGAGUUCACGAUACAUUAUGCCCUUAAGUUUGCAUUUCCCGCAACAAACAAUGAAGCAGAGUAUGAAGCGCUGAUUGCAGGAAUCAAACUGGCAAAGGCUGUGAUGACAGACGACCUGGUCGCUCAUAGUGACUCCCAAUUAAUCGUGAACCAAGUCAAUGGCCAAUACGAGGCCAAAGAAGAAAGAAUGGCCUUGUAUUUGAAGGAAGUACGUCGUCUGGUGACCAGUUUUGGCACGUUCGCAAUGGUACAGAUCCCGCGGCAAGAAAAUGCUUUGGCAGAUGCCCUCUCCAAACUAGCUACAGCAGACUUGGCUGACUGCGCAAGCUCUGUAUAUUUUGAAGUGUUAGCCCAACCAAGCUAUGAACAAGAAUUGCUGUGCAGCAUUACUCAAGGGGCCGAGCCGAGCUGGAUGGAUCCCAUCGUCGUCUAUUUACGUGAUGGGCAUCUCCCGGGAGAUCAAGCAGAAGCAAGGGCAGUCAAAAGGAGAGCAGCCAAAUACACCCUUCAGGGUGGAGUGCUUUACAAAAGGGCGAUAUCCUGGCCCCUGCUGAAGUGCCUACCGCCGAGCCGAGCUGAGGAGACACUUCGUGAAGUCCACGAGGGGAUUUGUGGGGGACACAUCGGGGGUAGAGCACUGGCCUACAAGGUACUACGCCAAGGAUUCUACUGGCCAAACAUGCAAAGAGAUGCAAUGAAGUUCGUGCAGCAGUGCUUCAAGUGUCAGGCAGUAGAGAAGUUCGUUAGGGACGACGUCAUAUUCCGCUAUGGUGUUCCAAAGGUGUUGGUCACGGAUAAUGGUCGACAAUUCGACAAUCGGAAAUUCAGGCACUUCUGCAACAACUUCAAUAUUGAUUUUCGAAACACCGCUGUAGCACACCCGCAGUCGAAUGGUCAGGCAGAAAAGGCCAACCACACACUUCUAGAUGGAAUAAAGAAGAGGCUGGACUGGGAGAAGAAGAACUGGGCAGAUCAGCUACUCAGUGUACUCUGGGCUUAUCACACUUCAGCUCGGACACCCACAGGAGAGACACCGUUUCGACUUUCAUACGGAACGGAAGCGCUAACCCCUGUGGAGGUAACCCAAGCCUCAUUCCGAUCAGCAGUGUUUGAAGCCUCACAGAACGAAGCCGGGCUCCAAGCAAACGCAGACUUCAUAGACGAAGUUCGGGAAGAAGCACUUAUUCGAAAUGAAACCUACAAGCAGAAAGUCCGGCAAUACCACAACAGGAGGGUCAAGCCACGGGGAUUCGUAGUUGGGGACUUGGUGCUGAGGAAAGCAGCAGCGGCGGACCCAAGAAGUGAUGGCAAGCUCAGCGCGAACUGGGAAGGCCCUUACAUAGUCUCCAAAGUGGUACGCCCUGGCACAUACCAUUUGCAGACUCAGGGGGGCACAGCUAUACCAAGGGCUUGGAACGUUCAAAAUCUCAGAAAAUUUUUCCAGUAG